CGGCGCCUCCACUCCGUCCCCUUCGGGUCUCCUGUGUGUGCAAUGGACGGCAUUGUCCCAGACAUAGCAGUUGGUACCAAGCGGGGAUCCGAGGAGCUCUUCUCUACCUGUGUCACCAACGGGCCUUUUAUCAUGAGCAGCUCGGCCUCUGCAGCCAAUGGGAAUGACAGCAAGAAGUUCAAGGGGGACAGCAGGAGCUCGGGCGCCCCGUCGCGCGUGGUGCAUAUCCGCAAGCUGCCCAGUGACGUCGCCGAGGGCGAGGUCAUCUCCCUGGGGCUGCCCUUUGGAAAGGUCACCAACCUGCUGAUGCUGAAGGGGAAGAACCAGGCCUUCAUCGAGAUGAACACAGAGGAGGCGGCCAACACCAUGGUCAACUACUACACCUCGGUGGCGGCCAUGCUGCAUAGCCAGCCCAUCUACAUCCAGUUCUCCAACCACAAGGAGCUCAAGACCGACAGCUCCCCCAACCAAGCGCGCGCCCAGGCUGCCCUGCAGGCUGUCAACUCAGUCCAGUCAGGAAAUCUGGCACUGGCCGCCUCAGCCGCUGCAGUGGAUGCCAUGGCCGGCCAGAGCCCCGUGCUCCACAUUAUCCACAUUAGGAAGAACAGCAGGUCUGUCUGGUCUCUGUUGUGUCCAAAAGCAAGGCAGGCGGCUGGGUUCACGGCAGGUUACACCACGGGAAUCUACGUGGCCCGGGAACACGGACUAUCUUCCACAUCACUGGGCAGUGAGAAAGGCUUCUACGGGUCUCAAGACCGCAACAUAGACCAAAUUAUUGUUCUGACAGCUGCCAGCGGUUUCUGA